CCUAUUAAGACUGGUCUAAUACUUGCUCUAAGCUACCCAGCUAGCAGCCUAGCCAGCGUGGCGGGCCCCACGCGCCGGGCGCGCUCUCUCCCUCCACCUUCCCGCCUCCAGCCUCGCUCGGCCACAGCCGCGCUCACGUACACGCUGGGCCGAGCCCGAGCGCCACCCGUGCCUGGCCGCAAUUGGCCCCGCGCCGGAUCCACGCGUCAGAGACAGGGAGCUUUGCGCGGGAAACCCGGUAGCCGAUCCCGCGCUCACGCUCCCACUCCCACCCGUACCGUUCGCGCGCGCCCCGACGCCCCGUACCCACCCCCAAAGCGCCCGCGUUGUCUACUCUCCCCAACUGACGAGCGGGCCCGACCUCGGCCAGUCGCCGCACGGUCCCACGCGCCAGCCGCGAGGGAGGGAACGGGGCGGGCCGAGCUCGGUGACGGCCGGAGCAAGCGGCGGCGACCUCGCCCAUAAAAUCCCCGCCCUCGGCCAGGCGGCCACCAAUCUGACCGUUGCGAUUGGGCUCCCCCCUCCCCACGGCGAUUUGGCCCGGUUCCCUCCCCUUCCUCGGAGAAAUCGCGCCGCCGCCGCCGCCGCCGCCGCCUCAAGAAACCACGGCGAGCGACUCCCCGACCAUGGUCACCGGCGUCCCCGCCUCGGGCCACUCGCCGGCGCGGGCGGAGGCCCCGGGCAGCCCGGUGUCCCCGCUCGAGGCGGCGGGAGCGGACUACGAGCGCGUGCGGGCCGCGCGGAUCCGGGAGAACAUGGAGCGGAUGCAGAAGCUCGGCAUCCUCGACCUCGCGCAGACCCUCACCAACUCCUCCUUCGCCGCCGCCGCCGGCUCGGGCGGGGGCACCGGCAGGGGGAGGUGGCGGCGGAAGCCCGUGGAGACAGGGUCCGCCGGGGCGCCGCCGCCCAAGGUGAAGCCAGCGCCGCGGGCGCCCUCGCGGCGGUCGCUCAGGCUGAAGAACGUGGAACCAGUCAGCUAUUGUGAAAUUUGGUCCAAGAAGGAGAGAGAUCCUCAAGGUGGCAGAACCGAGUUACUAGAGGAAGGAGCCAAGGAAGAAAUAUACACUGAAGAGCACGAGAAGCUUUUGGGUACAUGUAAUACUCCUUGGACUCUCUUUGUCGAUGGUUGUGGCAAAGAUGGUAAGCGCAUCUAUGAUCAAGUGAGGGGCCAGACCUGUCAUCAGUGCCGGCAGAAGACUCUUGGUCAUCACACAAGCUGCUGCAAAUGCCAGAUUGUCCAAGGGCAGUUCUGUGGAGAUUGUUUGUACAUGAGGUAUGGUGAGAAUGUGCUAGAAGCUAAGAAGAAUCCCAAUUGGAUAUGUCCAGUGUGCCGUGGCAUUUGUAAUUGCAGUAUAUGUAGAACAAAGAAAGGAUGGUUCCCUACUGGUUGUGUGUAUAGGAAGGUUGUCAAACUUGGGUACAAAUCUGUGGCACACUAUCUAAUUGCAACACAGCGAGCAUCAGCUAACUCAGAGGAUUCAAGCUCAGCUGACUUCUCAAACAAGCAGCUUUCUGAAUCAGAAAUCUCAUCUGUUUCCGACCAUGAUGCUACAGCUUCCAAGGAGAGCCUAGAGGAUGGAGAAACGAGUAGCAAAGCUAAGCAGACCAAGGCAAAUCGCCGCCACGUGAAGAACUCUGAUGGCUACAAGGAUGAUAGCCGAAGCGAGUCCGUGGUGACAUCUGAUUCUCACAAUGGUCAGGCCAAUAAGGAUGCUGGAUGUGUCACUCCAUCGUCUAAGCCAACUUCAAGGAAGAGGAAGUACGAACGAAGCCCAGACUGCGUUGCAAGCAGGCUGCGAUCCCAGUCCAACAAGCCAUGAACAUCGGAUCCUAUGAGAAGAAACUUCCGUUUGCUUUUGUGAUCCCAAUCCAAGUGGGUUCAUGGUGUGCAGGUUCACUUACAAGACUGCAUUUUGUGUCUGCCCAGUAGAUGUAGGGAAUCAGUAGAUGCAGGUUGAUUGUGGGGGGCGGUAUUUUGUGAAACUGUGUUACAGCUUUAAAAUUUGUUUACCGCCAAGGGCGAUGGAAAUGGGCUGUGCUUCUGGCAACCUGGCAUAUAGUGCAAAUAGGUGAUUGUGGAUUUGUGGUGUUCCCUAAUCU